CGGGUGAGGAUUAUGACCCAUCACGACACAUCGACGUGGAUGCUGAACUUUCAAGUCUUGUUCUUGGUCUUUGGGCCAAUUGUAAAAGUCGAUAAUUCAACGUCCGUUCUUUUGGUAUGGCGCUGAACACAUCCACAAUCGUUUAAACAAUGUUCAGCUUAGGGGCUUUCCUUCUCGUUCUGUGGUGUCUCGAGGCCCACUUUGCUUUUGCUCAGCAGUUUCCCAUGAUGAAGAUGUCGUAUGAGACAUUGAACCUCAGUGGCCCCUGCUUUGAGGCCCUGAACACCACCGUCGAGUGUUCUGACCGGCUGGCCAAGCACGUUGCUUGGGACGCAUCCAGUGUUGGCCUUCUCGACCAGAACGGCCUAGCAGAUGUCUGCGAAGACACAUGCAGACAGUCACUUGUUGACCUACGUAAAAGGAUCUUAGGCUCCUGCAACUUCAAUACCGACGCCAUCCAGUAUAGCUAUCUAAGCUUCCCGGCAACAUAUAUUGUCGACAGAUACCUGUACUUCUAUGACGUCUCCUGCUACAGAGACAGCUCCUCGGGCAUCUUUUGCGAUACUAUGGUGGCCGGCUGGCGCAACGAGACAGAUGGCUCGGAGGCGCACUUUUGCCAUGACUGCUGGCUAGGCCCCAUGUCUGUCCAACUCCAAUCGCCCAUCGGGUUCAACGAAGACCGCGCCAAAGAGUUUGCGUCACUAACCAGGAGCUGUUCCGUUGACGCCUACGCCGCACCCACCCCAAUGCCGUAUGGAGAGAUGACUGCCACCUUGGAAAACGUCACGACUACGGUCCAGGCCCCAGCACAGGAUACUGCGACAGCUACAACUGCAGCCACCGAAGUGACCUCUGCUAAAGAGAUGAUUCCGUCUAUCUAUCCUCUACUAGAGUUAGGCACUGCCGCCAGUGCCGAUACCACAGAGGGCAGGGAGAAGACAAGGAGGCAGCGGAGAAACCGUUCGAAGAAGACCUCAAAGCAGAGUACGGUCCGACAGGCCAACCCACGUGCUCCGGGUACCUCCGAAGAUUGCCUCAAGUACCAGAGCUUUCUGCCCUUCGAACUCGUUUACAGGGAGGCCGAUCAGGGAAAAAAAGACCUAGAUGACUUUGGCAUUAAUGACUGCAAGUACACAGCAACCAAGCAUAGUGUUAGUCUGGAAAGCUUCUUGGCUUGGAACCCUAGCCUUGCCAACACGAAAGACUGCAAGCUCCAGCGAGGAUGCAGCUACUGCGUGAGGCGACCAUUCUCAUCGCCCAAGACUCAAAUCAUUGCUCCUGUUGCCUCGAAUGCAACGCUAAACUCCACCGCGGCGGGUAUACAACUAACCUCCACACCAUCCCGAGAAAUAAAAAAGGGCCCAGCUCCGCCAUGAGUGGCAUGGCCCCGGCAGCGCCUGCUUUUAGUCAGUUAACACUCAGGCUUCAGCUGCUCUCAUAAGUCAAGAGAUAACUCUAGCAUUAAUAUUUAAUACCUAGAUCACCAUCUGCACACAAGUGUUAGUUAUUCAUCCUUUGUAAUAAGUCAUGAGGUGUGUAAUUAACUGCUCGCGGGACGCUUGAUAAAGUUUUAAAGAUUGGAUACCCCUGUCCCCCCUGGAAUCGGUAGCAAAAGGACUAUUCUAGGCAGCAGUAAAGGAAGUACAAGAC